AAUUUUUUAGAGUAAUAUUUUGAUUAUUAUUAUAUUUGAAUUACAAAUUUAUUUAAAUAGGUGUUAGAUUAGACAGAGUAAGAGGAGGAAGACAAAAAUACAGAAGGAAUCCCGAUCAUCUAUAUCAAGCACAUUCGACACCUUCAAAAAAACCAUCUUUAGAAGAUAAUAAAAUUAUAUGUGCUUUAAUAAAUUGUGAACCAGAACCUUUGUUAGCCAUGGUUGAUCCUAAUGUUCCAAAUACACAAGUAAAAGUAAUCAGUAUAUUAAGUGAUCUUGUAGACAGGGAAUUAGUUGCAACUAUUGGAUGGGCAAAACAGAUACCAGGUUUUACAGAUCUCACACUCAAUGAUCAAAUGAGGUUGUUACAGACAACUUGGGCUGAAAUACUUUCGUUAUCUUUAGCAUAUAGAUCAAGACAACAUUCUGGUUCUGCCACAAGAUUAGUGUUUGCAUCUGAUUAUAUUAUGGAUGAGCAUCAGGCAUCCGAAUGUCAUGCCGAAGAUUUCUUUUCACAUUGUGUUCAACUAGUCCAAAGGCUUGAUGUUGUUGGGAUAGCUAGGGAAGAAUAUCUUGCAUUGAAAGCUCUACUUUUAACUAAUGCUGAUAUACAGUUAGAAGAUUCGGCAACUGUUCGUAAUUUGCGAAAUACUAUAUUAGUUGGAUUGCAAGAAUGUGUGUCGGUGCUCAGGUCGACCGGUUCAUUACAGCACAUGGGACAAUUAUUGCUUUGCCUUCCUCUUUUAAGGCAGUUAGACAUAAGAGUACGACAGUUCUGGAACAACGUUAGAAGAGAAGGAAAAGUAGCUAUGAAUAAGCUAUUCGUGGAAAUGCUGGAAUCAAAUUCCUCAUUGCGGUAAAUAGAUAUAUAUUGCCAUUGGCAAAAUGUAAAUCUGUGCAUCGUGACUUUUGCUCAUAUUUGUGGAAAGGAAGUUGAUAUUAACUUCGUCAAUGUUGCCAAUACUUGGCAAAUGGAAAAAG